UUUUGCUCUACUAAUUUAACUCUAAAGUAAAGUAAAUUAAAGGAUUUUUUCUCUUUUCUUUUGCUUCAUGAUUUGUCUUGAUAUCAGACAUUAAAAUUUUCUAGCAGCUGAGAUGUGAGAUGUGGUCCCACUUUAUAUGUCUAUUGCUUUCUGGUUUCUUUGAUGCUAUUUUCUGAUCUCAUUAGUCUUUUUCAGUUGUUUAUUUUUUCUACAAACCACAAUGUUGGUUACAUAUGUGCAUUCUGCUUCCUGGCUCCAUGCCUUCUGUUCCUGCUUGAUACUUGAAAGUGCACUAAUGGCUUAGGAGAUGAUCAUCUUUUCUUCUUGUAGUAAAGUUUUCCUGAGCUGGGCAGCUAAUCCUGCAUUGCAUAGGCAAGAAAACGACUACUGGAUGAGAAUUAGAAAGGCGAGGCUGGCUGAUAAAUUGCUAAAGUUUCUGCCACUUGGACCCAAAUUAUGAAUGAAUUUUAGCUCAGUAAUAAUGAAGUUGUGGCUAAAGCAAGAUCUGGAGUUGGAAUCUUAGUGGCAGUGAAAAAUCUACAUCAUCCUCCCCUGGCUGUUGUUCGUAUCUUCUUCUUGUCUAUUAGGUGAAAUUUAGAUACUCCUGCUACUAGCGACCACCAAUCACCAAGUCAAAGAGUAUUUGUGGGGAGAAAGCAAGCAGAGUUAGUUGUAUUCAUCUGGUUGAAAUUUACUGGGAUAGUUUCAGACUUCAGAAUACACAGAUACCUUUAAUCUUGCGAGGGUGAGCCAUUUUCAGGUCCUAGUAAAAAACAAAGAGAGCGACAACUGGAGGAGGACAAAGGAACAAAAACGGCAAUCAUUACUAAAGCUAAUGUAAAAGGACUAGCCCCCCAAGAAAAAACACUGAGAAUCAUCUCAUCAGCACAUCAAUGACCGAACCACACCCACAAAACUCUCUCUCUCUCUCUCUCUCUCUCUGGAGCAAGAAUCCCAAUUUUAUUUUCUCUUCAUUCUUAAAAGAUUUUUAUUUUCAGUGAUCUUUCAACAUCUCUGUGCAUGAUUACAACACCUAACAGGGAAAAAAAGAUAGUUAUUCCCAUAUGGUUACAGUCUCAAAAACAGUCAAUCUUAAAACUGGGAGUAUGCAAAAGAUAGCUUACAAUUUUAUCCUCCUUUUCAGUCUAAAGCAACCUAACCCAGUAAAUAAAACAAUUUAACAUGUUAAGAGGUCUCCCUCUUGCUCUUGUGAAGAGAGAGAGAGAGAGAGAGAGAGAGAGAGAGAUUCACUGUUUUUCUUGCAUUGAAAGUACAUUGUCAGCCAACGAAAUACAACUGCAUGAACUUAAAGCUGAAGGGUUGAUGCUUUUGCUUCUUGUUUUAUGGUCAUGACUCAUCGAAGCUGGGGGACCAUCUUUUUCUCUCACUUUUUUUUUUCUCUUGACCAAUUAACUUCACUCCUUUGCACAACUAUCAGAAACUAUAUUAUUAGCCUAUUAGGCAUUAUAGCUUUUGGCUGCUUAGUUUUAGACCUGCUCUGUUUAUAUUUCAGAAAGAAAUAUGGGCUCUGUGCUUUCUUCUGUGAAUUAUUAGCGUAAACAGAAGUAUUUAGCUGCCAUUGGUUGGUGGAUCUUCUGCCUUGAGCCUCUGGCCUUCAUUGUUUUAUGCAUAUAAUAAAAUAAUGAUUUCCAUUAGAUCUUUAGGGGGUUUCCUUGGAUUUUGUUAAUUCAAUGAGAGAGUUGGACUAGCGGAAAAUAUUAAUGAGAUAUUGGCUUCUCUUGAAUUCUGUUCUACUGGUUCUGUACUUUUACCUUCUGUUUACGCUUUAUUACAAAUUUGUUUCUCGUCGUCCUCUCUCUCUCUCUUCUCUUGCUUUUAUUUUCUGUAAUUUUCUUGCUGUUCUUCUAGUUUGAAAUUUUGCUAUUUGCCUGCACUAAACUGGGUUUCGCACUACCAUUCUUUUCGCUAUCAAUGAACUUUGUUUCCCAAAAGUCAGUUCGUAUAAAAUUAUGAACUACACUUUUCACAUGUAACUUUCUUAAUUCACAGCACUUCUUUCUGUUAAACCAAUAUUCUUCUUCUUCUUCUUUUUUGGGGGGUGGGGGGUUUCUUCUUUUCUACUGGUUACUAUGGUUUCACAUGAUUCACCCCAAAAUCUAGCUUCUAGUAUGGUACAACAAUUCUUCAUCUCAGGCUUUGUUACCAGUCAAAACCAGUUCGAAAACCAGAAUUUCAAUGGUUAUGGUUCAGAUUUAAGAGACAGCAACACAUUCCCUCAGUCUCUUGGUUUAAUGCCAAGCACACAUUCUCAUGGAGAAAGAAUGUCUAGGUCAAUAGACCUUGUACAAGCUCCUUCAAUGGAACAAGACUCUGAGGUUAGCCACACUAGACAUUUAAUGGAUCUUCUUGGAGCUGCAAAUGCAACCAAUCAUCAACCUCAGGGGCUGUCAUUGUCUCUUGGUCCUCACAUGCUUGCUUCUCAAGUUCAAUACAGGCAGAGAUCCACUAAUUCAGAUUUUGUUAGCCCCAGUUACUUGUUUCCUGAAGAAUAUGCAAGAAAAGAUUGUAAUCCUGGAUUUGAACAAGUAAACAAUCACUAUUCUUACACUUGUAAUGCAUUUGCUUCAUCAUCAACCGUGCAAAGCAGAUCAUCUUCCACUUCUUAUGGAACAGAAUCUUUUUCCGUUGCUAUAAAGAAAUCGAGGUAUUUAAAGCCUGCUCAGGUCCUCUUAGAAGAAACUGUUAGUGUUAAUGCCAAAGCAGCUGGAAUUAACAAUGAAAAGCUUGUGGGGAAGUUGUUUUCUAGUAGAAGAAGAGGAGCUCUAGGACUUUGUUCUGAAUUAAAAGCAGAAUUAUGCUGUAAUGGUUUCAUACCAGCUGAUAGACAUGAGCUUCAGGUUAAAUUUACAAAGCUUGUGGCAUUGCUGGACGAGAUUGAGGGAAGAUAUGAGAAGUAUUAUCAUCAAAUGGAACAAGUAAUAUCAUCAUUUGAGGAGAUAGCGGGUUUCGGGACGGCCCAAUCUUAUACUGCUCAAGCCCUCCAAGCCAUGUCCCGACACUUCUGCAACCUGAGAGAUGCUAUAUUGUCUCAAAUCAAAGCAACAAGAAGAACACUUUCACAAGAUUUACCGAAAAUCAGCAAGGGAUUGUCGCGACUUAGUCUGUUUGAUAAAGAGACAGGACAUAAUCGGAUGUCUCUUCAACAGCUUGGAAUGAUCCAAAGCCAAAGGCAAGCAUGGAGACCCAUCAGAGGCUUACCAGAGACCUCGGUGACCAUCCUUCGCUCUUGGCUUUUUGAGCACUUCUUGCACCCGUAUCCAAAUGAUUCUGAGAAGCUAAUGUUGGCAUCACAGACAAGCCUGACCAAGAAUCAAGUUAAGUAUUGCAAUAUCCUUUUCAAACAACACCUUCAUGUUUCUUCCUUUUAUGAACCGGCUUGGUUUUGGCGUACCCAGGUUUCAAACUGGUUCAUAAAUGCUCGAGUACGGCUGUGGAAGCCUAUGAUAGAAGAAAUGUACAAAGAAGAGUUUGCAGACUCUGCUGAGGAAUCAAAUCCAUUCUUGGACAGUAGUUCCAUGGCAAGGGAUGAUGUUGCAGAUGAUUCAGAGGAUUGAUGGGAGUUCAUGUCAAUUGUUCCACAGCUUGUAGCUUAAGCUGUCUGAAUUGAUGAUACUUAAAACUUUUUGUUGCUUUUGUUCAUAUCCUUUUGGAAUAAGUUGAUGCUUAAAAC